ACACCAGAAGAGAAUACCUGAAACGCGCGUGAACCAUGUUGUUUGGGUGGAUUAUAUAAUGCAUAAUUCUAUCCUGGGUUAAUGUAUUUCUUGGUUAAAAGGAAGACACAUUUGGAAGAAAGGGACGAUAAAGGCGUCCCUUUGAAGGUAAUGGACUACAACUAUGAUGAAGAUUUGGAAGAAUUGUGUCCUGUUUGUGGAGAUAAGGUUUCAGGAUACCACUAUGGGCUCCUUACAUGUGAAAGUUGUAAGGGCUUCUUCAAGAGGACAGUUCAAAAUAAUAAGAGGUACACUUGUGCAGAAAACCAGGAGUGUAAAAUAGACAAAACACAGCGGAAGAGAUGUCCUUUCUGCCGAUUCCAGAAAUGCCUCAAUGUUGGCAUGAGAUUAGAAGCGGUGCGUGCAGACCGAAUGCGUGGAGGCAGGAACAAGUUUGGCCCGAUGUACAAGCGCGACAGAGCCCUGAAGCAGCAAAAGAAGGCUUUGAUACGUUCCACCGGCUUCAAGCUAGAGUCUGCUCAACCACAGCUCUCCCCUGUACAAAGUGACUAUGGCUUCACUGGGACCCUGCACAGCAUCCCCUCCCUCCCCAAAGGCCCUAUGAACGCCACCUCAACCUCAGUCACUCCUACGGACUACGAAGCCAGCCUCUACGGGCCUCCCUCCCUGGGGGUGUCAAUGCAGCCUCUUCCCCCGCAGUACCAGUACACAGCAUUCCCCAGCCGGGCCAUCAAGUCGGAGUUCCCCGACCAUUACACAAGUUCUCCGGAGUCUCUGUCGGGUUUCGCCUUUCCGAAUGUCUACCCAUCCGGCAGCUCCCCACAGCCUUCCAGCCUGCCCCCCCUGGUGCUGGAGUUGCUGCGCUGCGACCCGGACGAGACGCAGGUGCAGAGUAAGAUCCUGGCCUUUCUCCAGCAGGAACAGAGCGGCCGGGGCCGGCAGGAAAAGCUCAGCACCUUCAGCCUCAUGUGUCGCAUGGCAGACCAGACCCUCUUUUCCAUAGUGGAGUGGGCCAGGAGCUGCAUCUUCUUUAAAGAGCUCAAGGUGGGGGAUCAGAUGAAGCUCCUACACAACUGCUGGUCCGAGCUGCUGGUAUUGGACCACGUCUUCAGGCAAGUGCAGCAUAGGAAGGACAGUAGCCUGCUGCUGGUGACGGGCCAGGAGAUGGACCUGUUAUCCAUCGGAUCCCAGGCAGGGGUGACUCUAUCAGGCCUGGUCCAGAGAGGACAGGAACUGGCUGGGAGGCUGCUGGGCUUGGGGGUGGACAGGAGAGAGGUGGCCUGCCUCAAGUUCCUCAUCCUCUUCAAUCCCAACGUUAAGCUGUUGGAGAACCAGGCGUUCGUGGAGAGUGUUCAUGAGCAGGUGAACGGGGCUCUGCUGGAGUACACUCUGUGCACCUACCCGCAGUACCUGGACAAGUUUGGCCAGCUGGUACGACGUCUACCGGAGUUGCGGGCCCUCAGCACCCAGGCGGAGGACUACCUGUGUUACCGACACCUGAGUGGGGAGGUUCCCUGCAACAACCUCCUCAUCGAGAUGCUGCACGCCAAGAGGGCCUUUGUAUGAGUGCCACCAUACACCACAACACUCUGUGGGACUGAUCUGAUGCCAUGUCACCACCACCAUACACCACAACACUCUGUGGGACUGAUCUGACGCCAUGUCACCACCACCAUACACCACAACACUCUGUGGGACUGAUCUGACGCCAUGUCACCACCACCAUACACCACAACACUCUGUGGGACUGAUCUGACACCAUGUCACCACCAUACACCACAACACUGUGGGACUGAUCUGAUGCCAUGUCACCACCACCACCAUACACCACAACACUCUGUGGGACUGAUCUGAUGCCAUGUCACCACCACCAUACACCACAACACUCUGUGGGACUGAUCUGACGGAAUGUCACCACCACCGUACACCACAACACUCUGUGGGACUGAUCUGAUGCCAUGUCACCAUCACCACC